CUCUCCUCUCCCUUCUUGAACUUCAAACCAAAUAGCCCUCUUUAAUCCUCUACUCUUAAUGACAAGAUGAAUCCGUAUUUCCCUCCAACUCCGGACGCAGAGAAAUGGUCUGACCCAAAUUACUACACGCGGCCAGCCCCCAUCGCACAGCCAACUCCGUCCCCGCCCCCGGAAUACAGUGCCUACCGUCCCGAGUUCGGCGCCGGCCUAGCACCGCCUCCGCCUCCACGGCCUCUGCGCCCGGUCCGCUCGGCGACGAACCUCACUGGCGCUCAUGCACCGCAGCAGUCGGGGUUUUUGGACCCGAGGGGGAACUACCAGGUUGAUUUUGUGGUUGAUGAGAUUCCAAGUCCAACGUCACUCACUCCGGGCCCUUUGAGUCCUGCGCCGUCAAAUGAGAUUAGAAGAGUUAAGAGCUCAUCUGCUCUAUCAGCGAGGUUGGAUGCUCAAGAAGACAAACCGAAGGAUUCGUCGAAAUGGAAAGCUGCACUUGGAGAAGCCCAGUAUUUCGCUGGUGGCCUUAUAAGUCACCCCGCAGAGUCCAACAAGCAUUUCAGUAUCAUUCGUCACUCUCAUGCUCUAAUCUGGUACAGAGGUCCAGCGACUUCAGUACCCAUCACCAUCCUCUCAGAUGAACCUCUUCCACCCACGAGAACUGUGUGGUUACAGCAAAAGGGAUAUUCAGGAAACAUGGGAAUGACGCUCAAAGCAAUGAUGGGAACAACUGGUACUUGGAUCGAUGUAACCCCCGCGACCAAAACAGGCGUGGAACAUAUCUCUGAAGCAGAAGAACGCGGUAUCCAGCGCGACUUCAAGCGGUUCGUUAAAAAAGCCUCGGGGCGUAUGAAGAAACACCUCCCGAGAGAAACACACAUCAUCCGUAUCCCCGCCGCAGCAACAGACGGUUACUUCCGCCUCGUUCUCUGCUCCAACUCCGAUGGCAAAAAGGUCCUCUGCGGGAGUCCCGUAUUCCGCAUCGCCAGCACAUCCACAGACGUAAGCACCGUUCGUGGUUCAAGUCUAAGUACUAUGCCCUUGGAAAUGGGCAUCAAAGUCGCUAGCACCAUUGGUUCACAGGUUGCAAAGAAGUACACCGGCGUCGCAGGCGCAGUCGUCGAACAGGGGGCCAAAAGACUCACGCCUUCGAACGCUACUAUCAAGAAAGUCGCUACGAAAGCGUACCAUGGAAGUGGCAUUGGGAAUGCAGUUAGUGAGAGUUGGAAGAAUGGCAAGGCGGGACGUUAUGAUCCGUUGAUAUCGGGAGAAGCAAUGGAGCCGUUGACGAUACUUGGGAGUGACGAGGGACCUGAGGCGCCGUUUCCUUUCAAGUUUGCGGGCAAGGUCGUUCGAGGAACGGGCAUUUCUACUCGCGAGUUGGGUGUUCCAACGGCGAAUCUGAGUGAGGUUGGUGAUGAGGUCAAGAUGAGAAUGGGCGGUGUCUUUGCCGCAUGGGCACGCGUCCUCCCACCCAAAGAAAGCGAAGAUUUCGACGACGACUGGCACGAAGCAAUCGUCACAAUCGCACCCCUCCGCAACGCCCCUCCCGGGGUAGUUCUUCGGAACAAAGUAACAGUGCACAUCCUCCACGACUUUUCUGACACACUCUUCUUCGACCUCCGCAUGAAAGUCAUGCUGAUGGGGCACUUGCACCCCUCCUCUCCCAACCUCACAAAUGAAGCUUUCUUGGAAGAGCAUACGCGCGAUGUCAUGACCACGACAGCGAGUUUAGGGCGGGAGAAUUGGGGCCCAGAAGUUUCUGUCUCGGCGGUCAGGGCUGUGAAGAGCGAGAAGGGGUUUAAGGAGAGGUUGGGGGAUGCGACGGGGGUGGUGCAGAGUCAGAUGGAUAGGAUACCGAAGCAUUGGGUUGGAGUUAGGAGUGAGGCUGGGGUAUUGAGGGAUCAGGUUUAUGGGAAUGGGGGGUUGUGGGUUGAGAGGUGAGAUGGAAGGUUAGAGGAGGAUAUAGUAAUGUUAAUAAAAAGAGCGUGUCCAUCAAGUGUUCUGACGUUACAACGAAACAUCUAUGCGUUGCGUUUAGG